AUGGAUCUUGUAAGUUUUUCUGUCAGGCUGCAGGUGUUCCUUAGCACAUGUAUGGGACUGGAAUUUUUAGGCACACCAGGUCAGUGGGCACGCUACCACCGAUGGGAUGCCAGCACCCGCGGUGAUCUCAGCUUCCAGCUCAAGACAGAUGCUUCAGAGGCGCUGCUGCUGUACUUUGAUGAUGGAGGUUACUGUGACUUUCUGCAGCUGUCGGUGGUGGAGGGCCGACUCCAGCUGCGUUUCAGCAUCGACUGUGCUGAGGCCACAGUUGUGUCUGAAAGACGAGUGGAUGAUAGCAGCUGGCACUUUGCUACACUGAGCAGGUAUAACCUGCGCACAGUGCUGGGACUGGACGGCCAGGCCAAAGCAGAUGAGGUGCGGCCUCAGCGUCAGUUCAUGAAAAUAGUCAGCGAUCUCUUCCUGGGUGCAGUGCCUCAGGACAUCCACAACAGUGCGCUGACUCUUCCCACAGUGCAAAACAUGCAGCCUUUCAAGGGCACAAUUACAGACCUCAAAUAUGGCAACUCGCAACCCCUGUUCCUGGGAAGCCUUAAGGUGCCGCUGGAGUCAGAAGGGUGGUGCACCGUGAACCCGUGUGAGAAUGGCGGUACAUGCUCAGUGGUGGAUGGAGAGCCUGUCUGUGACUGCUCCAAAACAGAAUACAAGGGACGCUUCUGCAAUGAAGAGGAGGAGCCACAGCCAGGGCCCUCAGAAAAUGCACUGGUGAGUCAGGAGGGAGAUCUUGUAUUCAAUCCUGGCGGAGACAGGGGAAGAGUUGGAUGUGGAUCUGUUCAUCAUCCAACCAGGGCAAGGGAAGAGAAUGUGGCCACUUUCCGUGGCUCAGAGUACUUCUGCUACGACCUCUCCCAGAACCCCAUCCAGAGCAGCAGCGACGAGAUCACACUAUCCUUCAAGACAUGGCAGCGCAAUGGUCUAAUCCUUCAUACUGGCAAGUCAGCAGACUACGUCAACCUGGCACUGAAGGAUGGCGCCGUCUCCCUUGUGAUUAACCUAGGCUCUGGAGCCUUUGAAGCCAUUGUUGAGCCAGUCAACGGGAAGUUCAAUGACAACUCGUGGCAUGAUGUCAAAGUGACCCGCAACCUCCGGCAGCAAUCAGGCAUUGGAUACGCUAUGGUAAACACACUCCAUUGUAUGGUGACAAUAUCAGUUGAUGGGAUUCUGACCACCACGGGUUACACCCAAGAAGACUACACUAUGUUGGGAUCUGAUGACUUCUUCUACGUGGGUGGAAGCCCCAGCACUGCUGACCUGCCUGGAUCUCCAGUUAGCAACAACUUCAUGGGCUGUCUCAAGGAGGUGGUGUAUAAGAACAAUGACAUCCGUCUUGAGUUAUCCCGUCUGGCUCGAAUUGUGGACCCUAAGAUGAAAAUUCAAGGCGAGGUGUCCUACAAGUGUGAGAAUGUGGCCACCCUGGACCCAAUUUCUUUUGAGACUCCAGAGGCCUAUAUUAGUUUGCCAAAGUGGAACACCAAGCGGAUGGGAUCCAUUUCUUUCGAUUUUCGCACUACUGAGCCCAAUGGCCUCAUCCUCUUCACCCAUGGCAAACCACAGGAGCGCAAAGAUGCUGCGCGUAGCCAGAAGAACACCAAGGUUGAUUUCUUUGCAGUAGAGCUGCUAGAUGGCAGUCUGUACCUGCUGUUGGACAUGGGCUCAGGAACUAUCAAGGUAAAGGCCACCCAGACAAAAGUAAAUGAUGGUGCCUGGUAUCAUGUGGACAUCCAGAGAGAUGGACGCUCAGGCACCAUCUCUGUGAACAGCAGAAGGACUCCAUUCACAGCCAGUGGUGAGAGCGAGAUCCUGGACCUGGAAGGUGACAUGUACUUGGGGGGGCUUCCCACUGAUCGUACUAACCUCAUUCUGCCCACUGAGCUCUGGACAGCGAUGCUCAAUUAUGGCUAUGUGGGCUGUAUCCGUGACCUUUUCAUUGAUGGUCGAAGCAAGGACAUCCGUCAGAUAGCUGAGGCACAAAAUGGAGCUGGCAUCAAACCCUCGUGUAACAAGCAACCUGGCAAGCAGUGUGAGAGCUACCCAUGCAAGAACCGAGGUGUCUGCAAAGAAGGUUGGAAUCGAUUCAUCUGCGACUGCACCGGCACUGGCUUCUGGUCACGCACCUGUGAGAGAGAGGCUUCUAUCCUUUCCUAUGAUGGCAGCAUGUAUAUGAAGGUGGUCAUGCCAACCAUCAUGCACACUGAGGCUGAGGAUGUCUCUCUGCGUUUUCGCUCCCAGAGAGCUUAUGGCCUCCUCAUGGCCACUACCUCCCGAGACUCAGCCGACACUCUCAGGCUGGAGUUGGAUGGGGGUCGUGUUAAACUCACGGUCAACCUAGACUGUAUCAGGAUAAACUGUAACUCCAGCAAGGGACCGGAGACGCUGUAUGCUGGGCAAAAGCUCAAUGAUAAUGAAUGGCAUACAGUGCGUGUGGUGCGUCGUGGCAAAACCUACAAGCUAACAGUUGACGAUGAUGUAGCAGAAGGCCAAAUGGUGGGUGACCACACUCGUCUGGAGUUCCACAACAUCGAAACGGGCAUCAUGACAGACCGCCGAUUUGUUUCCAGCAUCCCAUCCAGUUUCAUUGGUCAUCUGCAGAGCCUCAGAUUCAACGGCAUGCUCUACAUUGACCUGUGCAAGAAUGGUGACAUUGAUUAUUGCGAGCUCAAUGCCCGCUUUGGGAUUCGUUCUAUUAUUGCCGACCCGGUCACCUUCAAAUCCAAGAGCAGCUAUCUGAGCCUGGCAACCUUACAGGCCUACACAUCCAUGCACCUCUUCUUCCAAUUCAAGACCACCUCCCCAGAUGGCUUCAUACUUUUCAACUCUGGAGAUGGAAAUGAUUUUAUUGCUGUAGAACUGGUUAAAGGAUACAUCCACUAUGUUUUUGACCUUGGAAACGGGCCUAACCUCAUCAAGGGCAAAAGUGAAAGGGCACUAAAUGACAACCAGUGGCAUAAUGUGGCCAUCACGCGAGACAACAGCAACACCCAUACACUGAAAGUAGACGCUACAGCCACUAGUCAGAGUAUCAAUGGGGCCAAGAAUCUGGACCUGAAAGGCGAUCUGUUCAUCGCAGGACUGGGUCCAGGCAUGUAUGGCAACCUGCCUAAAUUGGUGGCUUCCAGAGAGGGCUUCCAGGGCUGUUUGGCAUCAGUGGAUCUCAAUGGUCGCCUACCAGAUCUCCUCAGUGACGCCUUGUUUCGCAGUGGGCAGAUUGAACGUGGAUGCGAAGGUCCCAGUACUACCUGUCAGGAGGACUCCUGUGCCAACAUGGGUAUUUGUAUUCAGCAAUGGGAGAACUACACCUGUGACUGCUCCAUGACCUCCUACACUGGCACACAGUGCAAUGACCCCGGAACGACGUACAUCUUUGGUAAAGGAGGGGGCCUCAUUACUUUCAAGUGGCCAGCCAAUGAGAGACCGAGCACCAGGACAGACAGGCUGACCGUUGGCUUCAGCACCUCUCUCAAAGAUGGCAUUCUUGUCAGGAUUGACAGUGCUCCUGGUUUGGGGGACUAUCUUAUGCUGCACAUACAACAAGGCAAAAUUGGAGUGACAUUCAACAUUGGCACUGUGGAUAUCAGUGUGCAGGAGAGCAGUAUCCCAGUGAAUGAUGGGAAAUAUCAUGUGGUCCGCUUCACCAGAAAUGGUGGUAAUGCUACGCUGCAGGUGGAUAACUGGUCCAUCAAUGAACACUUCCCUACAGGGAACAGUGACAUUGAACGCUAUCAAAUGGCCAAUAAGAAAAUUCCUUUCAAAUACGCCAGACCCGUAGAAGAGUGGCUACAAGAAAAAGGACGGCAGCUAACAAUUUUCAACACUCAAGCAACUGUUGCAAUUGGUGGUAGUGAUCGAGGCCGGCCAUUUCAAGGUCAACUGUCUGGUCUUUAUUACAAUGGCCUCAAGGUGUUGAACAUGGCCGUUGAGGGCAACCCUAACAUCAAGAUUAACGGCAGUGUCAGGUUGGUAGGUGAUGUGCCCAGUGUGGCAGGCUCAGCCAGGACCACAGCCAUGCCUCCAGAGAUGUUCUCUACUUUCAUCGAGACUACUACCAUGAUGUCCACUACCACCACACGGAAACACAGAUCCUCCUCAACUGUACAGCAUACGGCAGAUGAGAUUGUUUCAUCUGCAGAGUGUUCGAGUGAUGACGAAGACCUGGAGGAGUGUGAAACUAGUCAUGCAGCUGAAUUAGUCAUCCCAGUACUUGAGGAUCCAUUAGCGCACCCCCCUGUAGCUCCUCGUGCACCCUUCAUUCCCACUCCCUCAACCCACCACCCACUCCUCACCAUUAUUGAGACCACCAAAGAGUCCCUGUCCAAGACCACUGAGGCGGGGGUACCUUGCUUGUCGGACCGAGGCAGCGAUGAUUGUGAUGAUGAUGGCUUGGUGAAAUCGGGGUAUGGCUCUGGGGAAGCGUUCAAGUCUAACCUACCCCCUACCGAUGAUGAAGAUUUUUACACGACCCUCUCCUUGGUAACAGAUAAGACCUUGACUAUCACUACCGCCAUACCACUAACCGCCGACCAGAGCCGCACCACCGCCACCUCUGCCUUCACCGCCACCCUCCACAAUGCUCCCGCCAAACAGCUGGCUGGCAAAAUGAAUAACCGCGAGCUAAAACCCCAGCCCAACCUAGUGUUGCUUCCAUUGCCCACAUCCUUUGAGGUAGACAGCACCAAACUGAGGGGCCCAUUAAUAACCUCCCCCGUGUUCCAUAAUAUACCCACAGCACUUCCCACAGAACCAGGCGUCAGGAGAGUUCCAGGGCCCUCGGAAGUGGUUCGUGAAUCUAGCAGCACCACCGGGAUGGUCAUCGGAAUAGUGGCGGCCGCUGCCCUGUGCAUCCUCAUCCUUCUUUAUGCCAUGUAUAAGUACAGGAACAGGGAUGAAGGGUCCUACCAGGUGGACGAGAGCAGGAACUACAUCACCAAUUCAGCUGUGCAGAGUAAUGGCACUGUCCUGAAGGACAAGCAGCAGAGCUUAAAAGGCAGCAACAAAAAACAGAAAAAUAAGGAUAAGGAGUAUUAUGUGUGACUGUGAGACUUAUGUGAACACGACACAGUAAAG